AACUUAAAUAUUAUCCUUUGAGAAAAAUAAAAUCAAUUGAAAAAUCUUUUUAAAACUAAUUUAAAAAAUCUAAUUAUUUUUCAGCCCAAAAACAAUUAAACAUGGCAAUGUCUCUGGUACUCCGAAACGCUUGCAGAUCAAAUGCAAUCAAUCUACUUAAAAAUGCCCGUGCAACACCUCUUAAGACAUUCACAUCGUCAGCUCUGCUUGCUCCAAAGAAAGAACUUCAAUUAAAUCUCGUUAAAUCAGUUCAGAGAAAUAUUUCUGUCACAGCUCCUAAGCUAUCAUCAGGUGGAUCUCAUUCGGGAAUAUGGGUAGCUGAAAGGGGUAUUGCUGUGGCCUUUCUGGGAGUGAUUCCAGCUGCGUUUUUGUUUCCCUCACAGGCGUUAGAUGCUCUGUUGGCAACUUCUAUUGUUAUGCAUCAGCAUUGGGGCUUAGAAGCUAUGGUAAUUGAUUAUGUGCGCCCAGUUAUUUUCGGAAAUGUCGUCCCUAAAGUAGCACAAGGAGCUCUCUUCCUAAUCUCAGCUGCUACUCUUGGUGGCCUAUUCUAUUUUAUCUACAACGACAUCGGUAUUGCAAAGGCUGUUAAACAAUUGUGGUCAAUCAAGGCAGCCAGCUCUUCAGAAAAUUAAAUUUAAUAUUUUAAGUGUUCAUUUAAAAACAAAACAAAAAAUUAUAUAUUAUUAAAAACUUGACGAUUGUUAAAUAA